GAAGCAUGCAAAAACGUUCCAAAAUAUCUUUUCCGCAUGUUUUGGGCAAACUCCGGCAACGAUUCUAGGCUCAACACCGUAUCAGCAGUCACUCCCCAUGCCUUCCUCUACGGUAGAAAUCACAAUACAGUGUACGACAUGACUCGUUCUGAGUUCGUAGACAACACGAACGGGCAUGUGCGGGGCCAUAAGUCCAUCUAUUCGGAGUUCUCCUCAUGGUCUCAAUCGCCUUACUUUCCGUUCAAUUACGCCAUGAAUUUGAGAAAACAGUUGCUCCAAUCCAAAGGCAUCCACAUUGCAAUCAUGGAUACCGAGAGGUUGGUAACUACUAAUCCGGCCUUCCAUGUAGGGGCUCUAGGCAAAAUCUUUGAAGAGUUUGAACCCGAUUAUGCUGAGGAGUAUCUGGUUCAUGGUGUUGUUCGGGGUGAAUUUUACAAGGCUGUUCCAUUAGACUCUCUUUUGGAAAGGGGUUUACUGAAGCAUCUACCCAACUUGAUCACGUCGGAACAUCCACUGGCGAACCCUGGAUCAACCCAACGUCUGCCAAGUGGAACUCCUUUUGAGAUCGGUGAGCUUCAUGAUCUGAAGCAGAUCGGUCUCCUGUACGGUAAGACGUUCUCUAUUCCUUUCGCCAUCACUCUCUUCUGUUGCAGAAAACAUCCCGAUCUCUGGUCGACGAUGUCCACAAAUGAUCUCAAAAAGAUCGUGAGAAUCCUCGGCGGCAACGAAGAAAUACCCCUGGAGUGGGCUGCUUCUCGCACUAUCUUCUGUGACGGCGUGUAUCCUGAGGGGUACGAAGCCAAUCAACAGAUGGUCAAUGUCAUGCGUGCAUUGCACGAAUAUGCUUGGGGCAAAGGAGCCAGAGGCAGGGAA